AUGAAUAUGCGCGGCCAACUCUCCGUGCGUUACAUCACCACCCUCUGCCUCUUGGCCACAGGGAUCUACGGCCAAAAGAUGGAAAGAUCCGAUAGAAUCGAUACGGGAGACACACUCUGUGUAGGGGCUUGCGUGACGAGCGUACAUGAAUUGAGAUGCGAGACUCCUACCGUGCCCUUGUUCCGACCAGCGAAGGGGUGCUACGCUUGCUGUUUUUCGGAUGACCAUGCGGAUGACUGGGCGGAUCACAUUAACUGGGGAGGUGAGAAACAUCCAGAGGGGGAGAAGUCGUGA